AUGACGGGAUACUUUACCAUCGCACACAAUGACGAGGUGUAUACCUCUAUACUCACAAAAUGCUCAACGAUUCCGGAGCGCGUCUACUGGAAAUGGUUUUUGCGUUUAAGUGAGAUACCUCGUCCGAGUUAUCAUUGCCUUCCAUUUUCGGAUUGGGUGCUUUCCCAAGCCAAGUCCCUCCAUUUAGAGGCUUGCAGAGACAAGUCUAAUAAUGUCUGUGUCCAUAUCCCAAGUUCAAAAGGAUAUGAAGCCGCGCCUGCUGUUAUUCUCCAAGCACAUAUGGAUAUGGUAGCAAGUGUUAUUGAAGGCAAAGACUUUGACUUUACUACAACACCGAUAACAGUGUUGUUCAAAGACAAAGUGCUAUGCGCGGAUGGGACGACUUUAGGGGCCGAUGAUGGUGCUGGAAUGGCGUCGUUAUUUUCUGUGAUGGAAUUGCACGACACUUUUCUUCAUCCCAAAGUCGAGUGUUUGUUCACGACUGAUGAAGAGCCGGGGUUAUUGGGUGCUAUUGAAUUAAAAGAGGGCGAGUUGUUUGAAUCGGCUAAAUACUUGAUUAACGUCGACUCAGAAGAUUGGGGCGAGUUAUGUGUGUCAUCUGCUGGAUGUGCACAACGUAACAUGACACAUCAAAUCACUCGAACGUGUGCUACUGGCGACUUAGUAGAGAUCAAAGUCGACAAUUUUGUUGGUGGGCAUUCAGGUGGAGAGAUCCAUAAACAGCGUGCAAGUGCUUUAAAAUGGUUAGUCGCGUUAGUGUUGCAGACGAAUGCAAUUCAGCAAGACAUCAAAUUGGUCCAAUUCAGUGCUGGACAUACAGACAAUGCCAUCCCCAUGAAAGGUGUGAUGAGUCUGAUACUUCCAAAUGGUGAAGAAUACAUGAAGAAAGCAAAGGAGUAUCACACCGCCCUCUGCACCUUAUAUAAAGGCGCAGAGAACGAAGAAGGUCCCAAACUCGACAUUAAAGUAACACAGAAUGUGACAAUGAAUGCACUGACUCUUACAGACUCCGUGAACUUCUUGUAUUUACUCAAAGACAUUCCACAUGGAGUUAUCAAGUUUUCAGACGAUGUGCCAGACUUGGUCGAAACUUCGAACUCGUUGUCUAUAGGUAAGAUCGAUGAUGAUAAAACGUUCAUAUGCACACUAUCGAGAAGUGCAGACAACAACCACCUUGCUGAAGUUGUCCAGUCAAUUGAGAUCUUGGCCAAAUUCCACAAGUAUGUCAUUGAAGUACCAACUCCAGACAUUGGAGGUUGGCCUGCUGCUGUUGCUUCGAAGUUGGUUGAAGAGACUAAGAAGACGUACAAAGAGUUGUAUGGGCAGGAUAUGAAAGUGAUGGCUAUUCAUGCUGGUCUUGAGAAUUCAAUAGUUUUGAAUCAAUAUCCCAAUAUGAAGUUGGAGUCAAUUUCUAUAGGUCCAACUUGCAAAGACGUCCACACUCCACAAGAGACAAUAGAAAUAGAGUCUGGAAAUAAGCUUUUAGACUUAGUCUUUGCUCUUCUUAGUAAGUUGAACUAA